AAAACUCUGACACAGAUGAAAUUCCUCAGGAACAGAGAGCUGCAAUUCAGGACACAUAUGGGUGUAUCAACUGGAAUGUAAAAUUCCUUCCUCUUGGAGAAACUGCUGAAAGUCAGCAACAGAAGAAGGACAAGCUCAAGAUGAUGUCUCUGCAGAAGGAGGCCAAUCCUGAGGAGAUGAAACAAUUACUGAGGACAACUUUCUACUCACAGCGCAAAAAUAUCAACCAGGGGAAAAGCAUUCAAGAUGUCUUGGAAGCCUGGCCUGUUGUAUUUCAUGACAUUGGGAUGGCUGUACACUACAAGGAACUUACUGGACUUGGAUUGAAGGAAACCUUCAUGAGGAACAUGGAUAUGAAGGGAAAAAGACUGCUGAACUACAUGAACACUGUUUGUGUGAACAAAAACAAAAGGUUUUUCCAGGCUCAGACAAAGUUGAAGAUGUUAAAGGGAGAACUGGACGGUUACUCUGAAGAUGUUAAAGAGCUGAUGCUCCUACUUCUCUGCUACUUCAAUGAAAAUGAAGAAGCAAUGUUCUUCUGUGUGGAGGAUACAUGCCUAGCUGAAGAAGUACAGAUGGAGAAUGUCUCCUUGACUCCCACUAUCAUUGUGUGUGGUCAAUCCUGCUUCCAUGCUAAACGAUUCAUGCUGAGUGUGGAUCAACAGAUUGGAAACAACAACAUGUCCUGUUUUAUUUCUGCCCUCUGCAUGAUGUUUGGGAGCUAUUAUUGUUUUAACAUACAUUAUCCAUCGGGGCUGGCGUCUACACUGGAGUUUCUGCAGAGGUGUUUCUUCUCAAUCAACCCAGACAAGGGCAGUAAGGUGGAAGAAACCCAGAAACCCAGACUGCAUGUGAACCCCUGUGUACUCACCUUGAUCCAGGAACUUUCGGAUUAUGAGUGGCAUGAUGUUUGAGAAAGGACUAAAGUCAGUGAGUUAUCAAGACAGUGUUUAAUCUUAACAGAGCUGAAUAGAUUUGUAAAUGUAUGUUGCAUCUCACACCGUGUCUGCUGAAGUUAAAAAAGUUGAAAAGACAUGUUUAUAUUUGUUCAGUGGCUAAAUUUUGCUCCAUGUCAGAAAGGACAAAUGAUAAUUUCAUUGAAAAU